AUGUGGAUGGAUGCACUGAGAGCGAAGUACGAUGGCGUCGGCAAACCUUUCACAAGCGAAGAUUGGGACCAGUUAUUGGGCAAUUGCCAGGCUGUGUGUGAUUGGCCUGCGGUUGCAUUCGCCAAGGAGCUCAUUGAGGCAUAUCCCGAGGCCAAAGUUGUGCUCACAACCCGCGACGUCGACAGCUGGCACGCUUCUACAAUGAAGACAUUCUACUGGCGUGCGAUGGAGCCAGAGCUGCGGCUCUUGUCAUAUGUCAGCUGGGCUGCCUCCAUGUACAGCCCGAUGAUACAGAAGUUCUUUGAGGGUUUUUUCAAGGGCGACUUUCCUGGACGAGGCAAGGAAGUCUUCUUACGACAUUACGACGAAGUUCGAAGCCUAGUCCCUAAAGAGAAUCUCCUGGAAUUCAAGGUCGCUGAGGGGUGGGAGCCCCUGUGCAAAUUUCUCGGCGAGCGAGUGCCGAAGGGGCAACCGUUCCCCAACAUCAACGACAACCGAAUCUUCGUGUCGAGAUCCCGGUAUCGAAACCGCAUGCAGAUGUUCAAUGUUCUGCUCCGGUUCGUUAUGAUAGCCGCGCUCGGCGGCGCAUGUCUUAUCAUUGCGUGGGCGUUUCUAUUGGGUAACUAG